UGUACACUAAAUUGGUUAGCUGAUGCAGCGCUGAAGUUAUAUCGUGAAGUGAAAAGAUUAAAAAAAUACAUAUUCAUACAGUGGAGGAAACCUACAUCAAGAUACAGUAAUAUGGGACUUCAUUGACAGGAUUUCAAGUAUUGAAGAUCAAUACGUUACUGUAUAGCAGAAUGGGACGUAUUCAGAUGUUUAGAAGGCAGUGGUACAUAAUUUGGGCUUUUGUUUGAUAAAUGUCGGGAGGAAAGCCGCCAAAUCUUCAAACAAGAGAAUCUUUCCAGAAGAGCUUCAGGGACAAUACAACCACAACCCACUCGUUUGCAGGGAUAUCAGUGUCUGCUGACUGGUGACCUCAUAUACCCUAUUGUGUGAAGCCAUGAGGAUCCUUCUGUGCAGCGAACUUGUGAGAAAGGAUCACCAGUCAGCCUGUGUUCAAGUAGCUCUUUGCAAUGCGGUGUAAUGCUGGAGAGAGGGGGGCAGCUUGCUUGGCGAUGACACUCCACACAAUCCACCCUGUCAGUACGUUUGGAGUCAAUAACAGCGUGUGCAUGUAGCUCUGCAUGGUGUGUGUGAGUGUGUGCAUUAUUGAAUAGCAGAAGCAGACGACUUGACUCUCCGCAGCCCAUCGCUUCCACUACUCAACCUAACGUUUGAAUGCGCAUCAGUGCUGGUUGCGUGCCUGCAAUAGAAUCAGUUUGCAGUGCAGGAUGCAGAAUGAACACCAUGUCGUAAUCGCUCCUACAAGUUGGCUUGCCUCUUAUGCAUCCACCGUCUGCAUCAUCGACGAGGUGCACAAGUGGUAAUGGUUUUACGGACUGUGCCAGGAAAUUGUGAAUGGUUAUGAUGAGCAUUCCUUCAUUGCGGUCACUGGAUGCCAGAUAGAGAUGCUCUCUAGAUCCUGAAAAUAUGAUGUCUUGGUGGGAAAGAAUCCAUUUGCAUCACAUUGGGAUUAUCUUGGAUUUAUCAUGGAUAUAAAAACAAGCAAAGAACAUACUAAGGAAUGAAAGAAGCUUCUACAUUUUGACCUCAUCAUUGAGAUUUAUUUACAAGCAAAAGGCUUGAAUUGGCUUCUUUGCCCUUUUGCACUGUCACAAGGUCACAUUCUUAUUUACUUAACUUCAUAUGACCUUGUGGCGGAAAGUUUUGAUUUAUCAUAGUGCGACACUCCAAGCCAAAAUAUUUGGAUAAUCUGCAUACAACUCGCCUUCUGCCUGCCACCCGAACCUUGGAUGGUUUAUUCAGUGUAGCCUGUAGGAAAUAUUUACGUUUAUAGGAACGUUCUCUUGAGGUCACGCUUAACCAAGGGACAGGAGAAAUGGCAAACCUGAACACUCUAUCAGUACUACUAUUCCUGAUUUCAACAGUACUUCAUAUGCGAUCAGUGGAACCAUCGAUAGAUUUAAGUACAUGUCGUUAUCCACUGGGUAUGAAUGAUAAGACCAUUAAAGAUGAACAACUCUCGGCCAGCUCCGUUUACAUGAACAACACACUCUCGUUUGGACCGCAAAACGCAAGAUUACAUCUCAACCAGGGUGCUGGGGCCUGGUGCCCAGUCAAUGCCCAACCGGAGUCCAGCGGUCACUACGAGUACCUUCAGGUAGACCUUCUCAACCUAACUGUCAUCUUAGCUUUGUCCACGCAGGGUAGAUGGGAUACUGACUUUGGGAAUGAAUUUACAAGUCGUUUCAGGUUAGAGUUGUCCAGGGAUGGCGGCAAGACGUGGAUUCGAUAUGUGCAGAUGACGGGAGAAGAGGUUUUUAUCGGAAACCGCGACACCAACUCUCAGAUCACGGUCCAUAUCAGCCCUCCCAUCGUGGCCCAGGUCCUAAGAAUCAUUCCAGUGGUCCAGGUCCAAACACCAGUCUGCAUGAGGGUGGAACUGUAUGGAUGCAAAUGGCUGGACCAUUUGAAGUCGUACUCGAUGCCGAUCGGCGAUACACGUGGCGACUAUGUGUUUGAGGAUGACAUGUAUGAUGGCUAUACCUUCGAGGGUCAGAGAAUGAACGGACUCGGUCAGUUGACUGAUGGAAUGCUCGGACAUAGUAACUAUCGUCUCAGCCCCUACAAUGUACCACAAGGAUACGAGUGGGUCGGUUGGCGAAACACUACCCACCCCAAUCCCGAGAUCACCUUCGAGUUCGACUCACUGCGCAACUUCACCAGCCUCGGAUUCCACGUCAACAACUACUUCACCAAUAACGUUGAGAUCUUUGAGGCCAUCGAGGUCAUGUUCAGCGUACGCAAGGGUCACUACUCGCCUCGGGCCAUCUAUGAGCCGAUCCGGCCCGACAGUGACCAUCAAGAUGCCCGGUGGAUAACGGUCAAUCUUCGGCACCGUGUGGCCCAGUGGCUGAAGGUCAGGCUCAUUCACAGAGGAAAGUGGAUACUGAUUAGUGAAGUGUCAUUUGAAUCAGAGGAUCUCCCUGACAACUAUGACACUAGCACGGCCACAUAUGACACACCCGUAGUUGGCCCGCCGUCUGCAGGUCCUGCUGACCACACCACAGUGUCCACUACAGAUGCUGACCAUGUUGUACCACAGACUGGUAACGGAACACAGAAACCAAAUCUUAUUAGCUCAACAAAAAUAAGUGAAGGAGGAGUGUCCCACACACCUACCAAUGGAUCACCGAUCGGUACCGUCAUCAGCGUUGUUGUCACCGUCCUUCUCCUCCUCGUCCUCGUGUUCGCACUCCUACUCUUCCUUUACCGACGCAAGUACAUCAAACUCAAGCACCGCCUCCCAACCCUUGCCUUCGAAGCCAACUGCAAUGGGGGUGGCGCCACUAUCAAUAACUGCCCCACGAUCGCGACAAUGACGACGGUACCGAGUCGACGUUCCAACCCAACCUACCAGAUCACGCAUCCAGACGAUGAGCCGCAGUACCAUGUAAUUGAUAAUAUGAUGGCGGAAAGUGAAGACGAACUGGAUAAUAUGUCUGAUUCUUCAAGGAUAUAUGCAGAGCCUGAGAAUCCCACCUGUACAUAUAAAGACAAGCAUAUGCUGCAACAUUAUGCUGAAACAGAUCUUAUCAAUAUACAGGGGGUGUCAGGAAAUACAAUAUAUGGAGUGCCAUCUCAGUGCAUGGAGAAGCUCAACAAUAGUCGAUUGCCUUGCCCAGAAUAUCCGAGGUCACAGCUCAACUUCUUAGAGUUACUCGGAGAGGGAAUGUUUGGCGAGGUUCAUCUAUGUGAAGCUGAGGAUAUCCAAGAUUACAUUGGGAAUGGAUUUCCAUUUGAGAAUAAAAACAAGGGAGAAAGAACUCUGGUCGCUGUGAAAAUGCUCAGAAAAGAUGCCUCCAAAAAUGCCAGAGCGGACUUCAUGAAAGAGAUGAAGAUCAUGUCGCAGCUCCGUGAUCCCAACAUCGUCCGUCUCCUAGCCGCGUGCACGGAGGAUGAACCAUACUGUAUGAUUGUGGAAUAUAUGGAGAACGGGGACCUCAAUCAGUUUCUUUACGAGAGGGAAGGGUUCCAGGUUGGCCUCAAUAACUGCAACGCUAACCUGUCCAAUGCUAAUCCAAGAUCUAUAAGUGUUGGUGCUCUCGUCUACAUGGCCACGCAGAUAGCCUCCGGUAUGAAAUACCUCUCAAAUAUGAACUUUGUACAUAGGGACCUUGCCACCCGCAACUGCCUCGUCGGGAAAUCUUACACGAUACGCAUCGCCGACUUCGGCAUGAGUCGGAAUUUAUAUUCAUCCAACUACUACAGAAUUGAAGGAAGGGCCGUUUUGCCUAUUAGGUGGAUGGCAUGGGAGAGUAUAUUAUUGGGCAAGUUCACAUCGAAAACCGACGUAUGGGCGUUUGGUGUGACGCUGUGGGAGGUGAUGAUGCUAUGUCGGGAGCAACCGUACUCGAGGCUCACCGACGAGCAAGUGAUCGAAAACACGGGUCAGUUCUUUGAAAAGGACGGCAAGCCGAUGUAUCUUGCCAAACCGCCGCACUGUCCGAAAGACAUUCAUAACAUCAUGAGAAGGUGCUGGACAAGCGAGCCCACCCAGCGGCCUACGUUCGACUUCCUACACACGUUCCUUCAGGCGCGGAACAUCGGUUACGAGCCGCCGGUAGCAUCAUAGUGAAUUCCCAGUAUUGUAACCACUUGUAACAUUGUCAGUGACGUUAUGGACGCUCUGUUUUGAAAUGUCAUGCAGGGGAGUGUUUCAUGAAAGGACUUGUCAGACAUUUUAUCCGACAAGUCCCAUUCUAUCCGACAGUCACCAUAGGAACAGUGCUCUUUAGCCAAUCCAAAUCAAGGAAAGAUGUCAGAUCUGACAACUUGUCGGACAAAAAUGUUGAUGAAACGGUCCCCAGAUAUCCAAACUGAAGGAGCAGAAUGGACCAUUACUAGUACUAUACUCAGAGGAAGGGAAGAUAUGACGGAAGCUUUUUCUGCUGAAUCUCUCUUUCUCUUUACAUUUUGGGCCCCCCCCCCUUCUCACCCUCCCUCUCUCUCUCUCCUUCAAUCCACUCACUACAUGUAAUAUCACAGAAUCUCCAUUGAAAUUAAUUUUCAUAGCAUUAUCAACAAGAAAUAAAAAUUUCUCAUGCAAAUGGGAGAAAAAUGUUGACUUCAGGAUAUGAUGUUAUUCGUGAUCAUUGGGAUGAACUUGAAUCUCGCCAACCAUCCAGGAUCAACUCUUUAUCUUAGCAUCUGAUUUGUACUACUCAUCACCGCAAUUGUGCAUUAGUGAUCAAAGCCAUAAUUAGCUUUGUCUAAUUCUCUCUCUGCCACCCUCUCUUUUAUCUAAAUUAAGACAGAAGGCAGUCAUGCUUGUUGCUACGUUGAAUGUUACAGAAAUUAAAUUGAUGUAAUUAUCAGAAUAAAAACAUAUUGUCUUUUUGUCAGGUAUUCCGGAUAUCAUUUACAAUAAGAGAAUUCUUGUUCCAGUUUUCAACAUGCUCAAACUACUUUGUAAAAUAUUGACAUUCUGAAAGAGUGAAAUAAGUUUUUGUCCUUUUGCAUCAAAUGCAUUUCAAUUUUCCUACCCAUGAACAUUUUCAUGUCAUGUAUGGUGCUUAUGUUAUUGAAUUGAAAAAUCCUAUCCUUUAAUAAUUGUUUUAAUAAUUGUUUAACUAAUCCCACCAGACUAUGUUUCUCUAAAAUUUCCAAAUUUUAAAAAGUUGUUAUAGUAAUAAUGAUAAUGCAUGUAUUUCGCUCUGUAUAGCACAUAUUACAUCAUCAUGUGAUGUCUGUUUGCACCUUCAAAGAAUUUGUCUUCGUCUUUUAGCGUUUCUAUCUCUUUCUUAUAUUCAAAAGAUAACUAG